AUGGAUUUCCAAGAAAUGAUUGCUGCGGAUUUAAAUAGUUUGCAAUCAAAGGUGACGAACCUCUUCAGAACAUCUAGAAAUCAAGUGCCUUUAGCAUUUCUCCAAGAUUUGUGCAUUCUCCUUAAUUCAUUCCAACAUGAAUACCAGUCAGUAUUAAAACAAUUCGAAUUAGGAUUAAUAAACUUAUUGGUGGUCAGAAAUGUACACAAAAGUUCACACGAUGUGAAAAUUGGUUCAUGGAUUGAAGAAGUGAAUGAUUUUGUCAAUAAAUUUGAAAAUUCUAAGCCGACCGGAGCCAAUUCACAUGAUGCUAAAUAUCGUUUUCAGUAUUCAACUUUAAUAGAAGCCUUAGACUUACAUCGUGAUUGUUACCAAUCCUCCUACUGUCCAAUGCCAAUUAAUGAAAAGUGUCUGUCAAUACAGAAUUUACAAUAUGCUCAUUACACUGAUAAGAUAAAUCAAGAUAUACAAGCGACAUGGAAUUUACUAUGUGAUUGUUAUUGGUUGGUACUGGUAUCUAAGUUAUCCGAAUUGAAUGCUUAUUUACCAAAUAUCAACAGUGAAUCGACCGAAAAGAAUGUAACUUCAGAUAUUCAAUCUCCACAUUGUGACACUAUAACAAGGCGAUGCAAACGAAUAAUUUACAAUCUACUACAUCAGUUAUCAUCCUAUCCAUCGGAAUUGAGCAUUUUCAAUUCAAACAAUAAUCAUAAUAAUAAUUACAGUAAUACGAAUGGAGUUGGUGAUCAAUGUCUGUUGAAGAAAUACACUCCAAUGACACUGGACUGCUUCCGUGAAAUGGACAAUAAUCUAAGCGUUAUGAUAAAAUAUGCGAAGGACAAGAGUAUCAUCGAUAAAUUGUUACCAACUACUGGAAAGGUGGAAGAAUAUUCCAAAUCGCUUUAUUCAGUCUUCACUCGAAUGGAUUCCUUGUUUCGGCGUAUAAAUUUCAUGCGAUAUAAGAAUUGUGCGCUCUUUCCGAAAAUGCAUCUAUUCACCUACAGUUCUCCUGUAACAUAUAGAACCGUGCUCACUUUGCCGUCAGUCGGUGCUAAAAAAUCGAGACGAUUGGAUCAAGUUGUUAGUGAUGAACAGAAAAAUGAUCAACGUGUAUACGAUCAUCAAAAUCAUAAUUAUUAUGCAAAGUGUGCAUGGAUUACCUCAACCCGCUGUAAUUACUAUAGUGAAUUAGUCAUUAAAACUCACGAUAAUUAUACACGGAGCUCUAUUGAAGCAUCAGCGGGAUUAUCCUGCCUUAAUGAAGGUGAACAGAUUACUCGUACAGGCAAUAAUGAUGAAACUGGCACAGAUGAAUUUGCCCGAAUGGACGAAAAUCAAGUAUGUGAAGAAGAUUUUCACUACAAGACGUGUGCUUAUUUCAGUCGCCUUCAACAACACAUAGUUCCAAUUUAUCUGGCCAAUGAGAACACCAGGCUUGUUGAUGAUGACAUUACAAUGGUGUCUGAUACAUUUAGUAUUUACCAAGAAAACGGUGAUGAUUCGGAGAAGAGUCAUAGUGAUUCUGCCUAUCACACAUCAGGUAGCAAUAAUUUGAAUAGUAAUAAUGACAGCAAUGAUACCAUUGAUGUUAACAGACACUGGGAUAAAGAAUAUUCUACACGAGAUUCUCAAGAUACUUUUGAGACUAUAUCAGAAUUAUCCUCGUUCAAUCAUACGAAGUCGAGUCUACCCGUCAACUGUUAUUGUAAACUUACCACUGAUGAUACUGAAAAGUUGAGUAGUUUUACUGAGAUAACUAGUGAUAAUAAUUUAUCCAAAUGGAGUGAUCAAUUUGACUGUGAAUCAUCGAAUGUCAUCAGCUGUAAUGAGAGUGAUAACAUGCUGCAGUCGGAUUCAAUGGGAAACUUCACGUCGAUUAAAUCAGAUGAAAUUCAACCAGAAGAUUUCAUAAAACGUGCGUAUAAAUUAGUAAGUAUGGGUGUGCAGCUCAAGGAAAGAUAUGAACAGUUGGUUGAAUGCAUCGACUGUCAUCAGCCGGCUAUACAUCAGAUAGACGGAGAGUUGGAUACAGUCAGUCAGAAUUUAGCCUCAAUUGCCAGCAAACUGAAUGAUCCUGACUGCGAUGCUCAUCUAGCUGGCACGAGUUUAUCAACUACUGGUGCCCUCGUGAAACAGAUACUUGGAUUAGAAGAGAUCGAGGCAGAAAUUAGACAAACUGAGGAGAAUCUGUGUAAAAUAAAGUCUAAUCCACUAUUCACUACAGAUUCCUGUCAGACAGAAGGAAUUCGGAAGAGACUGGAGUCAACUGAAGGUGAACUAACCGAUAUGCAACUUGCUAUACAUAACAAGCUAAAGCAUUUGAGAGAAUUCCAUUGGAGAUUAGAUGAAUUCACAGAAUCUAUUAAAACACAACUGGUAUGGAUGAGAGAACAAGAAGGUGAAUUGGAGCGAUACACCGUUAGACAUAAUAACGAAUCAAAUGAAUUGGAGGAAGAACUCAAUGACUUUUAUAUGCUUAUUAUAAAACUUAAUCAUUAUCAAAGAGAUAGUCUAAUUCCAAUGCUGAAUACUUAUGAUAAACUGACGCAUAACAAUUUCAAUCCAGAUGAAGUUGAAUUCUGUCAAGAUUUACAACUGAUUGGACCAUUCUAUAAUGCUGAAGACAAUGUGCACUUAGGCAGGACUGUUCAUACUACAUGGGAUAAUAUAACAAAACAACUGAUGCCAAAAGUAUUUCAUGAAUUGAUCACUUCAUCCUAUGAACAGUUUUCAAGGAAUUUAGCACCAACCAUUAUACAUCUUUUAGAAAUUCAAUCGUUGGACUUUCUGCUGCCAUCUGAAGUUGGUCAUCUACCCAAACCAUUUGCUAUUGAAGAUACUAUGAAUUUCAUAUCAGAUCAAAUUAACAAUAUACAAGGCGAAAUGAACUGGUUACGUAGACAUCUUGGACCAAUUAUCCUCUCUGAGGAUAGGUGUCAUCUCUUUGCAAGUAGAGACAAUAACGACAGUGAUAUUAACAAUAAUAAUAACAAUGCAGAAAUUGUAGUGUUUGAUGAAACUGUCAGGGGACUGGCUCAACUGGUUAACUACUGUAUGACUAUUUAUCAAAAUCUACAGUUGGAAUGUUUGCCAGCCGUACAAACCUAUCAUGACACUGUGAAUUAUGCAGCAUGCUAUUUGAAGACUGUUCAACGUCAAAUAGAUGUGUUAUUAGUACCGUUGGCCGAAGAAAAUAACAGUAGACAGACAAUUGUCAGCAGUCGAGAUGUCAAUGAAGAGUUUACUUUAGUCAUUUAUGAAAAACUGGAGACUCUUCGAACUGGUAAAGACCAGUGUUUGCAACUUUUGAACACUGUUCAAAAUAAUCAUCGAAAUAUUGUUGAUAAGCUGAAUAAUUCAAUAAAACAAUUUCAAUAUUCAAUUCACAAACUGCCUAUGGCGAAACAAGAUUCUUCGACAGCAACUACAACAACCCCAGCAUUAUAUGAUAUUGAAAAUAUGCUGAAGUCAGUUAAUUCUGUUGAAUUAAUCUCUGAAAAUUUCAUGGAUUUUAUAAAAGAAUUAACGAAUAUGAUUGAUCAAUAUGAUGAAGUCAUCACUAGUCUUAAUCAGACUAAUGAUGAGAAGGCAAUUUCAGCGUUAUCCUUGGAUAGAAAUGUAUUCGAUUCUCUGGAGGAAUACACUCAGGAGUCGAAAUCGCUACAGAAUUCUACUUUACCCCAAGACAUCAUUGAUUGUAUUAGUGAAUUUGACAAGAAUUAUGAAAGACUACUUAAUUCAUGGUCAAUACUUCCUUCAAGCUUGAAUCGAUUCAACGAAGAGCAUAUGGAGGAUGAGACAACAGUUGUUGGAAAUGGCAGUUUACUUCCUCUGAUUGUUAGUCAACAGCACGAUAAAGUUGAGAAUAACGAUUACGGUGUCAGCCACAUCAGUGAUGGAGUACAGGUCAUGUAUAGAUGGUUCGAGGAAUUAGAUCACCUUGAAGACAACCUAAAAUCUUCAUGUGGUGAUGUUCUUCAUGACAAUGAACUAUUUAUUAGUAGAAUAAAUAAAAUCAAUAAAUUACGUGAUGAUAUCAAAGAAAGAUUUACUGUGAGAUUGGCAGUAUCUGAACAAUUCUGUUUUAACCAUCGACUUGAUAAGGUUCUCGUGGAAUUUCAUCAAUUAAAAAAAACAUUUAAACAAUCUGCCUUGUCAUUACUUCAAGAUAUUGGUGUGUCUGAGAAUGAAACAUACAUCACAUCGAAUAUAUUUCGCAUAUGUGUUCAAUCAUUAAGAAAUAAACUAUCUGAAACUAAAGGAUUAAUCGGUAGACUUCAAGAUUUAGCUGAUGAAACUAAUUCAGUUGAUUUCGGAAUAAAUGAUUUUCCGUCUGAAAUUGAAGAAGACUUUGAGAAUAAAUCUACGCAAGAUUUGAUGAAACUGCCUUAUGAUUCUAAAAAGCUUUGUAUACCAAGUAUUUCAGUGCCUCUAUGGCAUGGACAAGUUAAAAUUAAUGAAGUGAUUGUAAACUUUUUGGAACAUAUUCAAAAUCAUCAUGAACGUUUACUACUUGCCUAUGAGCUGGCUGCACGUCUUUCAACAUGGAUAUCGAUAAUGCAUCCUAGAGUGGAUAAACUAAAAAUCAGACUACAACAAUGCAGUAUAAAGCCGGUAAAUGAAGUUCCCAUUGAAGACUUGAAUUCACAUUUGCAUAACAUAACACUAUUCCGUCUUGAAAGCUGUUCUCAAAUGUUAAUUAUUCAAUGCAUAGUCAAAGAUGGCGAUGAAUUCAAAAAUGUUAUUCUCCAUCUGAAUGAAGAUUAUAAAUGGGAGGAUAAAACAGAUGGCCUUCAGUUGGAAUUUCUUUCAUUAUCAUCUGGUAACAGAUGCACCAAAGAGGAGUCUGAUGUUAUUCCAUCAAUUGUACGCUUUGUAAAUCAAAACAUGGAGACUAUAAUGAAUGAUUUUGUCGUCAGUUUCGAUCAAUCAUCUAUCCUUCUUGAAGCUACUAGAAGUCGGCUUAUUGAAACUGGACAAAUUCAAACACUACUGAAUGACUUUUCAAGUAUACUUAAUGAAUCGUCGAUUUGUUCUGCAAAAAUAUUGAACCAUUGCCAGAGUGAAGAUGAGAAUGACAAUGUUGGUCAGCAGGCGGAAGAGAAGGAGUUAUGUAUCAGUGAUGAGCAACACGACCUGGUUAGUUUAUCACCAAACCUUCCACUAAACCAUUCAGGAAAAAUGGAACACUUGGAGAUAUGGUGUACAGAAUUAGAAUCAGUUCAAGGAAUGCUUAACGUGAUCUCUUCAAAUCCCUGCAUAGAUACUACUAAUGAUAAAAAUCUUGAAAGUCAAAUAAAACGAUUAACAAUACAAACUGAACAACACUGUCUUGAUUUAUCAACGAAGAAAGCUAAACUAUUAGAUGAAGUAAAACAAAGAAUUGUCAUGCAUUCAGCAAACAAAGUGUUUGAGAACCAAUUGCUUCUGUCUAUAUCUGCCUAUUCUACUUGGAUUGGUCAGUUAAGAGAAGAAUUAAUGAAGCUUGGUAUACCAAACCACCUGAAUGUUGAUGUAGCUGAAGCAAAAUGGAAAGAGUUUAAGGAAUGGGAGUUAACAUUUCAAAAUGAAAGUCAUAAACGAUUAAGCAGUCUGAUAAAACAAUUCCCUAAUUCAAUAUUUCAAUCUGUUUUCAAACGAGAUAAAACUUCGUUGACAAGCAUAGAAGAUUUUGUUUCAGACGAAAGAAAUUUCAAUGACUACAUCAUCGACAUCAGCGACAAAAAAUCAACACCAUCAUCAUCGGUAACAACGAAAAGAAUUAAAUCUCGUCUCGAGUUGAGUAUUUCACGUAUGCUGAGACAAUAUGCUGGUUGUCGACGUCAAUGUUCAAUCUUUAACAAAUUAUGGAUGAAACACAUAAAUUAUGUAAAGCAUCAUGCGCAGAGUUUGAACAAGAUACACUUAUUAUUCGAAGGAAUUCAAGCAGAAUUGUCCAAGUUAUACAGACCAUCGAAACUGGUUAGCUGUUGUACAGAACAAUUGAACAGUGUAAAGAAUGUUAUCGAUCAGCUGAAAGAAUAUGAGGUGUUAGUAGUCAGCCUGUACGAUUCACUACCUCUACUUAAAUCUGUAUGCAGUGCCAACGAAGUGUCACGAGCAGUUGCAACUAUCAAAGAUACUAAGCAUAAUUUUGUUUGUUUAUUACGUCGAGCGACAGAAAGGCAAAAAAUUCUGACACAAGCAUUAAAGGAAGAUACUAAGUUUGAUACAGCUUACCAUAGUUUAAUGGAGUGGUUCCUAACUAACGUCGAAUUGCUGAAAUCUUACAAUGCCCAUCCUGUAUAUGAUGAAAAGAUUCAAAUGUCAAUUAAGACUUUGCUAAGAGAGUUCAAUCAACGACAAUCUGAUUAUUGGUUAGUAAUGCGAAUGGGUGGAAAUCUGAGAGAACGUUGUACAAUUUCAGAUCCAGAAAAGGAUAUACUCACUGGCAUGCUUGAUAAAUUAACAACACUGAAAUCUGAAUUUGCAUCACUACUGUCAAUGUGUCAAAUCGAAAUGCAGAAAUCAUCGUCAACUGCUCAAAAUAAGACGUCAACAAUUUCAUGUCUAAAAGAAUGGCUAGAUUCUGCAGAAGAACAGUUUGGUAUUGAGAAUAUUCACAGUGGACUACAAUCUAUCCAAUAUUCAUCAGCAAAUGCUGACACAAGUAUAACAAAUAGCAAUGCUAAUAGUAAUACUGAACAGCCAUUAUCAAAUAACACUGAUUCAUCGAAUAAGGAAUGCAAUAAACAAUCGUUGCAACCGUCAGAUUCAAUGUUCAGUUAUCAACAAUAUGUGAAUAUUGUUUCGGUUGCUGGUGAUUUGGCUUUUGUUCAGUCUGUGGAUUCAAAUCAUUCGAUAUUGGGUGAACAGUUAUGUCAACAAGAAAAAUUAUACCAAGAAAUUAUUUCAAACAAUGUCAACACCAGUGAAUCAGCUGACCUAAGGGAGCGUUUAAUUAGAAUUAGGAAAGCUUACGAUUUAAGAUGUAGAAGUCUUCAGAUGGCAAGAGAAAUCGCCACUGAUUUGACAACACAUUAUACACAUCUAAAGUCGUGGUUAAUUGAAGCCUUUCAUAAAAUCAGUCAACAAUAUGAAUAUGGUCAUAAUCUCAAUACUAAUGACGAUAAUAAUAAUAAUGAUAAUAUUCAAAAUAAAACAAUACUACAGAUUAUGCUAAAUAUUACUGAGAAGUCAUCGCGUCAGGAAACCAAAGAAUCUUCAACCACUUCUAGAAAUCUUCCGUAUAAAUCUCAAUUAAAUCUCUGCUUUAAACUGUAUACUGAACAGCAACAAACAUACCAGUCAAUGUUCAUUGAAUUACAAAAGAUAAUGAAAAAGAUACUUUUACAGAAUGUUAACACAGAAUUCAAGAAUGACUUCAGGACAAUACCAGAUGAUCGUCUUGAUGAAAUUUCUGUUUACUGUCAUAAAGACUAUCGUAGUCAACUUAUAAUGCAAUAUAAACAGAUUAUACAUCUAUGGCAUAAAGUUGAUAAAGGUUUACAGUGCUUGUGUGUGCAGUUAGGACAUUCUUUGGAAACAUUUAAUACUGGCGUGAGACAUUAUGAAUUUGAACAAGAAGAAAACUGGAUCCAAUCAGAGAUGCAUAGAUUAGACGAAUACAUGAUAUCAGAUAGAGCUCUGGUUCAGAGUAUUUGUAAACUAUUUCCAAGCAUAUUUGAUGGAAGUAUAUCCUUGUCAUUUACAAAUGAUGAAAGUUUAUUGAUGUCAGAGACUCCAGAUGAUUUGCUUUCUAUUUGUUACAAUUCUAUUGGUUGUGCAACUGAUACUCCGGAUGAUCGUAAUUUAGUAGAGAAAGUUUUUCAAGAAUUAGAAGAGAGAAUUGACCUAUCAAGAGAAAAGUUUAUGCAAAUUAAAGAUAAAGAGGAGAGAAUUUCAAUAUGCUCGAAGACUUAUCAAAGCGUAAUUGAAUCCAUUGUGUCUGCUGAUUUGAUUAACAAUGAAAGUGGAAAGGAAACUUUUAUUGUUAACACUGUUCCUUUACCGUCAGCCAUUCCUUCCACGUUGGAAUCAUCACCGUCUAACCGCAUAGCCUUUGUGAAUAAUCAUCAACUAUUGAAUAACCGGAUGUAUGGUGAUAAUAAUAACAAUAGUAAUAGUAAUAAUGCUGAUACUUGUGACGACAACAAUUUCACUGAUAGUGUUAUGAUUAAUCAUACAGAUAUACUUGCUACAACUGAACAACAGACAUAUUGUCAUCGUGCUGAAAUGCUCAAAAAUGCCUAUGCUUAUCUUUUACGUCGAAUGAAUCAACGCAUAAAACAACUCGAAUAUUAUCGUGACAAAAUACUCGAGUGUACCGUCUUGACUGAUUUCGACUUCGACGAAUGGAGAAGUAAUUAUCUACAGUGGAUUGAAAGUUGUCAAUAUCGUCUAGCUGAUAUAUUUCCAACUGUUACUGCCAAUGCUGAUACUAUUCAAGCUGAUCAACAGAAAUCAAAACCUCAUUUACAUCUUUCUCCGACAUCUUCAACAUCAUCGACUCCAAGAAAAGUGUCUACUGUCUCGUCAUCCACACAGUCGACUAACAGUUCUCCAAAGCAUAGCUCACCUCCUACGCCUACUACUAAAAGCAUCCAAUCACUUGGGAAAAAAUCCAGCAGUGAAUCUUUAAAUGUAUGUAGUAAUGAUGUUGUCGUUGGUGUUGUCACUGAUUCGAAUAAAACAUGUGCAAUUGCAAAGGGUAAACAAACCGCGAAUAUUUCAAAACCACCUGAAUUAAAUUAUUCAGAGUUUAGUGAAGUUUUACUCCUACGACGACGACAACAACACCGGCAACAGCAGCAACAUAGUCGACCUAAAUUUGACUGGGCAAAUCCUCUGUGUAUCAGAGCCGUAUUUAAUACCAUUGAUAAGACGAGAAAAGGCAGGAUAACACAUGAACAGAUUAUUGAAGCUCUGACUGCUAAGAAACAGCAACAACAACAGCAACAACAACAGCAACAUGAACAAGCAACAAAACAGCAACAUCUGCCAAAUGAUGAGUUAAUUGCACGUGCAAUACAACAAGAAACCAGUAAAUGUAUGUGCCAAAUAAAAUUUCAAUCUAAAAAGGUUGGAACAGAUAAAUAUUGUUUUGGACCUAGUUCGAAAGUCUAUUUAGUCCGUUUCCUUAACAGUACCACUAUGGUACGGGUAGGCGGUGGAUGGAUGAAGUUGAGCGAAUUCUUAGACACUCGUGAUCCAUGCAGAAUCGUCCAUAAAAGAAAUCGUCUUGGUUCUGCUGCACCCAAAGCCAAUUCAUCAUUGAACACAUCACUUAUAGGUCGCACAUCCACAACAUCUGCUUCAAAGAAAGAAAAUACUUUAGGAUUCAUUGAAGUCACUCCGAUACGAGGAAGUAAUUCUCAUGGUAAAUCGCCUACUGUUUCUAAGAAGGAAUUCCCCAUUGCGUCAACUCCAUUGAUGAAUAAGGAAGUCAAAGAUGCACAAGAACAAGUACCAAGUUUAAUUGAUCAAGCUAUGAUUGAUGUCAGUGGUACCUCUUCAAAAUGUGAGCAGCCUUCAAAUGAACAGGCAGCAACAACGAGAACCACGAAAGACCGAAAGAAUAAAACAAGAAAACACUGACUGAGAUGUUCAGCAAGCAGUAGAAUUGGCUGCCAACUAUAUCAGGGUUCAAUCUCUUUAAAAUAUAUAGAUCUAUAGAGAGA